ACCUUUCCUCCCAUAAUCCUUUGCGGUGGGUGAAAAUAACCAAUACGGCCAUGUCGUGUCGUAGAUUUCAAUUUGGGCACGGACGAGAGAAACUCACUUCCUAACUUAUUUUCUCCGGCUAAAUUCUCUUUAAUUUGCAGCUCUGAGCUUCGUAAUUUCGACGCCUCUUUUGAGAGAGAAGCAUUUACAAGUCAAACUCGUGCGUUAGUGGUUGAACAGAGUUAAAAAUGAGCGGAGGAGGAACACCGUAUAUCGGCAGCAAAAUUAGCCUCAUCUCCAAGGCCGAGAUUCGCUAUGAAGGAAUUUUAUACACCAUUGACACUGAAAACUCCACCGUAGCCCUCGCUAAAGUUCGCUCUUUUGGAACCGAAGACAGGCCCACUGAAAGGCCCGUUCCACCUCGUGAUGAGGUGUUUGAGUACAUAAUCUUUCGGGGGAGCGAUAUCAAGGACUUGACCGUAUGUGAGCCUCCUAAGGCAACCAGCAGCCUGCCCCAGGACCCGGCCAUCGUUCAGUCAUCCCUUGGCUCCAGCAGCAGCAGCGCGGCAGGCCCGUCAUCAUCAUUCCAGUCUGCCGGCCCGUAUGCUCCUUUCAACAGGGCCCCGGUGCAAACCUAUGGCCAGUUUGGUGGCGCACCCUUGGGCGCUCCGCAUUUUGGGGCACCCGGAAUUGUUUGCACAGGUCGCAGCAGUCCUCAGCUGGAGCCCCUUGCAAAGAGUUCCGCCCUGGAUCAGGCCACACAGGCCCCCACCUCAGCUGCCCUGGCAGUGCCAGUCGGACAGAGGAGUCAGGCAGCAGCCCCAGCCCCUCGACCCGUUGGCGCCUCCGUUGGCAACCAGAAGCCACCGGACCUCCUGCUGCAGAGGAAGGCUCCAGAGGUGCCGAAAGUGAGUCAAGGGGAUCAUGAGCAUGCUGCUGUUGAAAACCGGGACCCCAACAGGCGUCAAGGAGCUCAGUGCUACCUGUCAGCGGGCACCCAGCCAGUGCGGCGCGGGCGUGGACGGGGCAACCGCAGCAGGGGAAAAGUGAAUGUGCGCCGGGAUGGAAUGAUGAAGUUUGAGGAGGACUUUGAUUUUGAGACGGCCAACGCUCAGUUCCACAAGGACGACAUCGACAAGGAGCUGCAGACCAAGCUCAAGCUCAAAGACGAUAAGGUGGAAAAGACUUCUAAUGGCGAAGAAGCCGACCCUGAACAUCCGGGUGCUGAAGCACCAGCCGAGGAAGAGGAGGCAGUUAUACCGCCCUGUUACUACGACAAGACCAAGUCUUUCUUUGACAACCUGUCCUGCAACGACUCAAAUAAAUCACAUGAUGGAGGAUUUUCUAGAGAGCGGAGAUCGACCUGGGCAGAAGAGCGGCGGAUGAAUGCUGAGACGUUCGGCAUCCCACUGAGGCACCAUCGCGGCCGAGGAGGCUACCGCGGAGGCCGAGGCUACAUGGGGCCCCGUGGGGGCCGGGGACGGCCGUCCGGCCGAGGCUCCUUCGGCCCUCCUCGAGGGGCGCCGCCCGGCUUCCGAGGCAGCUUCAGGGGCACCAGAGGAGGCCGCGAGUUCGCCGACUUUGAAUAUGCGAAGGACAACAAGGUGGCUGCAUAGUCGCGCCCACUUGGACGCCAAUGCCGACCAAUCGUAGCUCUUUCAAAACAUGUUUUGGGUCCCGACAUUUGCCAGGAAAGAAGAUGACGCAGCAGCGUGUCACCUCCAUUUUCUUUUUCUUCAACGAAUGACCAGUGGUGUAAAUAAGCAGUCUGUUAGCACGCUGACUGUGCUUAGAUAGCUUGAUUUCUUCUUUUUUUUUUUUUUUUUUUUUUAUUGGAUUGACUUCCAUUUUGAGCGUGACAUCUUGUCAAGCGGGCCUGAAGGAAACCAAGUUUGAGCGCAUCCAGCAUGAUCAAAUGCGUGUAGAGAGAAGUCCACUAUUAACUGUUUUUUCUCUUCUUCGGAGAGCGCUUUUAGUAGUUAGCCAUCAGCCAAAAAGUUUGAAAUCUUUUCCUCAGUCAACCUCCUUUACUCUAAAUGGCUUCCCAAACAGCUUUCUGUGAAGCCUUUUGAUUCAUUUUUGUUUUUCUCCACCAAAAAGGGACAGCAACUGGAUAUGUGACAUGAAUGAGGUUUUUCAGUAUUUUUAGCUCCACUUUGUAUUUGGGGAGUGCCUUCAAUGGGGGGCGGGGGGGGGAUUUUCUACAGCUCUCCCUUUAAUGUUGAUGCUUUCUGGCAGAUGUAUGAAUAAAAAGCACUACGAGGUGGUGAACUUGUUGCAAACGUGCCGUUAAUGUUGCACACGUUAGCCCAAUGCUGCAUGAUAGCUAAUCCGUCGAUUGGAAAACAGUCCAAAACAAAUGGGAGAAUCAACCAUCAAGAACCAUCCCGAACUAAGUUUUUGUAAGUCUGUUACUUCUUCUGGGCUUCUGGAACAUUUUGAAAACUGAGUAUUGUUAAAAAUUUAGUUUAUACAUUAAAAGAAAAUCAAGAGUAUAACAUCCUGAUCCCUGUUGUCUAUUAGAAAUUAAAUUUACUCUAAUCCAAACUUGCUGUUGUCUGUUCGUGUGUGAGGUCUCACAUUUUAAAAAUCGUUAAAAGCGGUGUAGAUGCAGUGAAGGCUGAAAUUAUUCAUACCCCUGGCAAAUUUUGACUUGGUUACUUCAAGCAAGUUUUUUCUGGUUUGGAAAUAACAUGGGCAUCUGCCAGAAGAUAUUAAGACUGUGUACAAGAGGCGUCAUUGUGGAAAAAAUUAUCAGCUUUUAUCUACAUUUUGAAGAAAAAGUGGCAUUAUUCAUACCCUUCUCAAUAAUCAGUAAAAAAAAGCCUUUGGCUAUUAGAGCAAUCAAACAGUUCCUACAAUUGCUGACCAGCUUUUUACAUGUCUCCACUGAUAUUUUUGCCCAUUCAUCUUUAGCGAUGAGCUCUAAAUCUUUCCUUUUAGAGGAACUCUUAACCAUCACCAUGCUCUUUAGCACCCUCCACAGAAUCUCAAUUGGUUUCAAGUCAGGACUCUGGCUGGGCCAAUCUAAAACGUUCGUUUUUGUCCGCUAACCAUUUCUUCACCACUUUUGCAGUGGUUUAGGUUGUUCUAAACUGUCCACUGGUGCACAAGGCAAAAUAUCUCUGCAGACUGCCUGAUGUUGUUUAGAAUCUUGAUGUAAUUGUGCUUUUUCCAUGGUGCUGUUCUGUGAUUAGAUUCCUUGGUCCAUUGUCUGAAAAACAGCCCCAAAACAUUCGGUUCCCACCACCUUGGGUUGGCAGUGGGGAUCUUGUACUUAGGGUUGAAGGUAUAGCCUCUUUUAUGCCAAAUAAAGGAUACAUCCUCGUGGCCAAACAGGUAAAUUUUCGUUUUGUGUGACCAUAAAACAGAUGACUAGAAAUCUAUGUCCAAAUGAGCAUUUUGCAAAGGCCGAGCAGGCUUUAGAAUGCCAUAUCUGGAGAAGUGGCAUCCUCCUUGGUCUGUGGCUGUGGAUCCCAGCAGUGUCAGUUGGGCACGCAUUUUCCAGGGGUAUGAAUAAUUUCUGGCUUGACUGUACAUAAACUGAUCGUUGGGCCAAAUUUGGGCAUUUUUCUUUGAGAUCAUAGUCAGCAACUCGGUCCAUUUUUAAUACCUACCGUUUUUUUUUUCCCCCUUUCAAAGUGAGAGACCCACACAUGGGGGAAAAAAAAUUGGGCAAGUGUUCUUACUGUUAUAGUGUGUGGUGUAUUCCAAAUGACCAACGCAGCUGCACCAGGCUCACGCAACCACAUCUCCAACAAUCGCGAGUGACUCGUGGCAAGCCAAGAUGAGCAGAAAUAUUUAAAAGUCGGAGUUUUAUGGCCAACUAAUUUUGAGUUGGUUUCCUGAAAAGUAUAAUACAAGAAAAAGUAUUAAAGGGGGAUUUAACAAGCAUAAAGAGGCAAAAAAUUAUUUGAGUGUAAAAUGUGACAAAAAUGCAAUUAGAAUUUUUUAAGGGGGGGAAAAUGUAAUAUAACAAGAAAUUUUUUAUUUGACUGUAAUAAAUUCUGAGAGGAAUUAGCAUAAACAUGGACAUAAUGGGAUCUGUUAUGGUUAUAAAUUUGUUAUAAUUCAAGGAUUAUCUCAUUCCCCAUGGGAUGAAUAAAUUAUCUAUCCAGCUAUCUAAGCAGUUCGGUCAAAGUAGCACUGUCACUGAAUGAAAUAUUACAACUGAAUGUUACAGUGGCUUAACACAUUUAGUUAUACAGUGUUGUGAAAAAAGUAUUAGACCCCCUUCUCAAAUUCUUAUUUUUGCCUAGUUUCCCCCCUUUGUUUAAGAUCAUCAAACAAAUAUAAAUAUCAAAUGGAACCCAAGUGAACUUAAAAACUCUUCUUAAAUGGCGAUUUGAUUUAUUAAGGAAAAAAAAAUAUUCAAAGUUACCUGGUAACUAAAGGCCCCCUAAACUUCAGACCUCGUUGGGCCAGCCUCAGCAGCAAGAACUGGCAAUGAUUCUUUCUUGUCUCUGGAGAUAUUUUGGCCCAUUCAUUCUUCCAGAUUUGUUUGAACGCAGCAAAAAUGUAGGACUUUCGAGCAUGAAGCGCCUUUUUAAGGUCAUGCCACAGUAUUUCAAUCGGAUUCAAGUCUGGACUUUGGCUAGGUCACUCCAAAACCUUCACUUUGUUGUUUUUUUUUUAAGCCUUUCAGAAGUUGACUUUGUGUGUUUUGGAUUAUUACUCUACUGCAGAACCCAAGUGCACUAUUGCUUGAGGUCACAAACUGAUGGCUGAACAUUCUCCUUCAGGAUUUUAAUUUAAAGAGCAGAAUUCAUGGUUCCAUCAAUCACAGCAAGUUUUCCAGGUCCUGAAAGAGUAAGCGGCCCAAGGCCAUCACACAACCACCACCAUGUUUCACUGUUGGUAUGAUGUUUUUUUUCAGAAAUUCUGUGUUGCAUUGACACCAGAUGUAACAAGACACAUGCCUUCCAAAAAGCUCAACUUAAACCCCCUCAGUCCAUUAUAAUAUUCUCCCAAAUGUCUUUGGAAUCAUUCAGAUGUUUAUUUGCCGAAGUAAGACAAGCCUUUGUUCUUUUUGAUCAACAGUGGUUUCCACCUUGGAACGCUGCCAUGGAUGCCAUUUUUGCCCAGUCUCUUCAAUGUCUUGAACACUGACCUAAACUGAGGCCAGGGAUGCCUGCAGUUUUUUUUAGAAAUAUCCUGAGUUCCUUUGUGGCCUCCUGGAUGAGUCAUUGCUGUCCUCGUGGGGUAAUCUUUGUAGACCGCCCACUCUUGGGAAUGUUCACCACUGUUCCAUGUUUUCUCCGUUAGGUUAAUGGCUCUGCGUAUGGUUGGCUGGAAUGCUAAAGCUUUAGAAAUGGCUUUUGUAACCCUUUCCAGACUGAUUUCAAUUACUUUUAUUUCUCAACUGUUGUGGAAUUUCUUUGCAUCGUGUCAUUUUGUUGCAGCUUUUUGAGGUAUUUUGUCAAGACAGAUUCUGUUUAAAUGAUUUCUUGAUUGAAUGGGUCUGGAGGUAAUCUGGCUUGGGCGUGAUCUGUAAAAAGCAACCUAAAAUUGUGGCUAGCCACAAUUUAUGAUUUAACAAGGGUAAGGGAUAAUUACUUUUUCACACAGGGCCAGGUAACUGAAUAGUUGUUUUCUUUAAUAAAUGAAAUCACCUUUUUGAAAAAUAAUAGACAAAUAUAACCAAAGUGAACUUAAAAUGCUAUUUACAUUUGUUUGAUGUUGAACAAAGUGGGGAAAAUAUGCAAAAAUCUAAGAAUUUCAGAAAGGGGCCAAUACUGCAUUUAACUUAAGUGCAGUAAAUUUUCCUUUAAAAGUUUUAGACCUUAUUUUAAAAAAUUAGAUACAAUUUUUAUUCAACUUUCAACAAAGUGCAGUGCUUUUAAAUUCAACCAUUUUUAAUUGUAUAUUUAUAUAUACACAAAGUGCUGUGUUCAUGCGCAAACUAGGAAUAAUGCUUUAGUGUAUUUAUUCUAUAUUACAAUAAUAGAUAUACUUUUUAGGAAUUGGACCACUUUGGCCUUCUGUCCUACUGUAUUUUAAUUCUGUUUAUGAUGGUUGGUACUUGGAGUACGACGGCGUAGUGUCACCUAGUAAUUUAAAGUCGUCAUGAUGCCCAUUGUCAUGGGAUUAGCGUCGUCAUGAUAUUCAAAGUAAUAUGGUGGGAUUUAAACUCCUCAAUUGACGAGAGAAUCCGGAACUCGGACGUCUAUGGCAGCAUAAGGUCAACAGGUCGACUACGUGCACGUGAGAAGUGAAUGUCAGGCGAAUAUCCAAACAUGCGGCCAACUUUGUCACGCUCGUUUGGGUAAAUUGCACUUUUGUUAUGCAACUUGAUUCAGAACACUGUGGCAAAUGUGUGUAUGCUAAGGUAACCAAGAUUACAAACUGCUAAAUGUCAAAAUAUUUUCAGUCUCCUUACACGGUCAGGGAACUGUAAUGAUCUUAUCCGACAUGAAAAUACACUUGUUUUGAACAUGGCGAUAUCUGAGCUAUAGCUUCUUCGCCUGCUAAUGAGUCCAUCUGAAAGCCUGCAAAAUAAACAGUGGAUCCUGAGAUUCACCUUGCACAUAACCUAAUAGGUUGAGUUGUGUAGCCUUCGAAUAAACGGGUUUUGCUUCAA